GGAACACAAGUCUGGACGGGAACCAAACAAGAGAGGAUGUGUUCACCUAUCCAAAAGAAAGCCUUACAACUCUAUCUGAAGAACCUAGGGGAUAAAAGAAAUGCAUUAACUCCUAUGCUAAAUUCUAUUAAUAAAGCUAUUGAUGAGUGCAACUCAUGGAUGAUGGAAACAAAUGGAAGCAAAAAGAGCUUUGGAGAAAUGAUGCAGCAAUUAGAGGAAAUCGAUAACUCAGCUUUACAAAUUUGUUCCACAAUUUUAACUAUAAGUAAAUCGGGUGAUGACGAUGAUAAAACAGAAAAUUCUUCCAGCGAUUCCGCAACUGCCGGCCCUGAUGCCUUCCACACUACCAGCUCGACUGAUAAAUAUGUAACAUUAAAUCAACUACAAAGUCUAAUGCAAAUGUUUGAAACAACCUGCACAAAAACUUAUUCCCUUGAAGAGAAGUACAUACAGCUGGAGGAGAAUUUCAAAAUGUUGAAUGAAGAACAAAAAAGUUUACAGAUACAACAAAAGUCUCAAACGAAGAAAUCAAAUUCUCACGAAAGACGGAUCGGUGAAGUGAAGGAAAAUGUAAAAGCUUUAAAUGAUACAAUGAAAGGGCAUACUUGGUCGACGACUACACCAUUUGGCAAAACAACCGAAAUCACUGCAUCAGUUAAAGAAACCAACUUAUUAGUCAAUAUGAACAACAAGAAAAUCCAAGAAAUAGAAAAAAAUAUUAAAACACUCUUUAAAAAAGUUUACAACAGUGACGCAUCAAUCAAUGAAAUGUCAGAAAAACACUUAAAACUUACUUCAAAUUUGGAAACAUUUGAUCAGAAAAACACGAAGUUGGAGUGGAAGCUUGGGGCCAUGUGUCAAAUGCUAGCAAAAAGAUAUCACAUGUUGGAUUCUGUAAAAGAUGUUUUGAGCAAAAUCUCACUAUCCAGAGAUGAAGCCUAUUCCCAGGUAAUUAAAGACAAUAAUAUUUGA